CACCACACACACUUUAUUAUGUCAGGUUCUCCCCUGAUAUUUUGGUCGUCUGCAUCAUCCAUCAUUUGUCACUUAAUUACAGCCGUAUUCAAAGUUAAUUCCAAAUUGCUUGCUAUAUUUAUUCGUGUUCUUGUGGAAACUCCGAGAAAAAAACCACGCUGUCCAUGGUGCUGGAAAUACCGAUUUGAUAUGUAAUUACUUGACUGUCUAUGCAACUAUCGUGCGAUUGAGACAUGUGUACGUUUUGGGAAAAAGAAUAGUUUGAGUGGUUUUAACAGCUUUUGUUUCAUUAUAAUUCGAUACACUUUGUAAGAGUCUAUACCCUGCAUUACUGUUGAGCCUCACGUGGUGUCAGUAGGAAGCUGGAUAACGAUUCUGCAGCGUGUUGGCCACAGCUGUUAAGCCCAUCCUUAUUCAUGUCAACAAUUUGGUGUGUGCUAAACCAUUGUGAGGUAGCGGCGUUUGAGGAAUUACUAAGAUCCCCACUGCUUCUAAAUAUUUAUUGGAUAAUGCUGAUUUCCGAAGAAUGAUUACAAAAUAGGACAGUGAGGUUGUGGAAUAUAUUUUUUAGAUUUACAUUGUCGUCUACAUUUCUCUCGCAAUGGAACAAAGAGGACGGCGGGCGUGGAGAGAGCGAUGGCUGUGGCUUUCCUGUUUUUUCGCUAUGGGUGCCAUUAGCGGCGUUUCCUUCGCUCAGAUACGAUAUUCCAUCGCUGAGGAGGUUAAAGAAGGGACUGUUGUUGGACAAAUCGCAAAGGAUUUAGGACUCGACAAGAGCACAUUGAGAAACAGAGGCUAUCGUAUAGUCCACGGUUUGACAGAGCCGCUUUUCCAGGUUAAUCAAGAUGAUGGCAUUUUGUAUGUGAACCGGAAAAUUGACCGGGAGGAGGUAUGCGAGAGAAGCAAAGCCUGUGUAAUUGAACUGAAAACUGUUCUGGAGAACCCGCUAGAGGUCCAUGAUGUAGCGGUGGAAGUCUUGGAUGUGAACGACCACGCUCCCAGCUUUCCCGAAAAAGAAAAAAAGAUAGACAUUUCUGAAACUGCGUUACCAGGAGCGCGAUUUCAACUACACGCCGCGCACGAUGGGGACAGUGGCUUAUUAUCUGUUCAGCAGUAUAAGUUGAGCCCUAAUGAGCAUUUUCGUUUGGAAGUUAAAGAUCGAGGUGAAGAUAGAAAGACUCCAAUUUUAAUUCUCCAAAAGUCAUUGGAUAGAGAAACAGUUGAAAUACAUAAUUUACUUCUGACUGCUGUCGAUGGAGGUAAACCCCCAAAGUCUGGAGAAAUGAAAAUAACAGUAGUAGUAGGUGAUGUUAACGAUAAUCACCUAGUCUUUACCAAGGAGACUUAUUCUGUGCAGCUGCAGGAAAACACUGCUAUAGGCACUACUAUAAUACAAGUUAAUGCAACAGACCUGGAUGAUGGUGCUAAUGGAGAGGUUGUGUAUUCGUUUAGUGAUGAUGUGCACGGAAAAGUGCGGGAAUAUUUUGAUCUAAAUGUUAAAACUGGGGAAAUAACAGUGUCAGGAAUCAUAGAUUUUGAAGAGAAAAAUAGAUAUGAGACUGACAUCCAGGCAUCAGACAAAGGGGCGAUUGCAUUUACAACCGAUAAAAGUGUGAUUAUCAAUGUUAUUGACGUGAACGACAAUGCACCCGAGAUAAAAGUAAUGUCAUAUUCCAAAGCCCUUCCAGAAGAUUCCAAGUCAGGCACAACAGUCGCUGUAAUUACAGUAAAGGACUCAGACUUUGGUAUCAAUGGAAAAGUGCUUUGUUUUAUAAACCAAGAUGUUCCGUUUACACUGACUCCAUCUGUACAGAGUAACAUGUUCUCCGUAGUUACUAAAACACCCUUAGAUCGGGAGAAACAACCAUAUUACGAUGUUACAAUCAUCGCUCAAGACGCAGGUGUGCCAUCCUUGUCCUCUGAAAAGACUAUCCGGAUCGAUAUAUCAGAUGUGAACGACAACAGACCCCAGUUUCUACUGAGUCCCUAUACCUUCUAUCUUACUGAGAACAAUUCUCCUGGAGACUCCAUAUUCAAAGUGCAGGCAACUGAUCAAGACGAAGGGAAUAACGCACUCAUUUCCCACCAUAUCUUCAGGGGCGGAGACAAUCUGUUAUCUUCCUUUUUAAUCAUUAACCCUGUAAACGGAGAUAUCUCGGCUUUAAAGAGUUUUGACUUUGAAAAGUUAAAAACGUUUAGAUUCCACGUUAUGGCAACGGACUCUGGAAGUCCGUCUUUAAGCAGUAACGUGUCAGUGAAUGUGUUUCUUCUGGACCAGAACGACAACCCUCCAGUUAUCUUACAUCCACUCAGCUCUAACGGUUCUGCUGAAGGAGUAGAGGAGGUUCCUCGCAUUGUUCCUGCAGGCCACCUGGUGACUAAAGUGAGAGCCUACGACGCUGAUAUAGGAUACAACGGCUGGCUGUUAUUCUCACUACAGGAAGUGAGUGACCACAGUCUCUUUGGUUUGGACCGCUAUACUGGACGGAUAAGAACACUGCGCUCCUUCACAGAGACAGACGAGGCUCAACAUAAACUGGUCAUACUGGUCAAAGACAAUGGGAACGUGUCACUCUCAGCAACAGCUACUGUGGUUGUAAAGCUGGUGGAGCCCAAAGAGGCCAUUUCAGCUUCUGAUGUGAAAAGUGCAACGACUGACAUUGGGGAUAGUGGCGUGACAUUUUAUUUAAUGAUAACUCUGGCGUCAGUUUCAACUCUUUUUCUCAUCAGUAUCAUUGUGCUGAUUGCAUUGCAGUGCUCUAAAACCACGGACGUAUCCUCCGAGUAUUUACCAGAAACAAACUAUGACGGAACUCUUUGUCACAGCAUCCAGUACAGAUCUGAAGAGAAACGCUACAUGUUAGUUGGACCCAGAAUGAGUAUAGGAUCUACUAUAGUCCCGGGGAGCAAUGGGAACACUCUAGUGGUCCCUGACAGGAGGAGUACAUCUACAGAGGUAAGGCCAGUAUUCGGAUUACAAUUUUUGAGGCAUGAUAUUGCACUGACAUUAACUAAAGUAAAAUACAUGAAACUCUCCGGAAGGCUUAGAUGUGCAAGAACUGACCAUGGUACUUCAAAAGUCCUCAUUGCUUAUUCCUUUUGAAAGAUAUUAUUCACCCAACACAAUGUGCCAUAGUGUCCAUGCGAGUGUGAGUAUUGCGUGAAAGUAUGGAUUUUCAGUCAAGCUUAGACGUUGGUCGUUUGAGCUGUCCGUGGUGCUGAAACUGCAUACUGCCUGGGUUUAGGCAUGGUAUUUGAUAACGAGAUAACGAAAAUUAAUGGCAACGAUUCUGAUAAUGGCCACACAUAAUAACACUAAG